AUGCGGGCGGUGCUGCCAGGGAGACCCCCAGCGAAGCUCCAAUCUUUCAGCACGGCGCUGUGGGAUGGUCUCCGCGUUGUGGUGUACAUCUCCGGGAAUGCGCUGGUUAUCCUCGGCGGUCCGCAUACGCUCCUCCAGACCAUCUACGUGGACGAUACCAAGACCCUUGAAGCUGUGACGAUCGAUGAGGCAUCGGGCCGGAUCGCGGUAUGCGGGGGGCCAGAUGUCUUCAUCUACCAACCGUACGGCAUCAAACACGAAACGUUAAAGUGGUCCCUCCUACAUACCUUUCGCAGCGGAGAUGAUGAUGAAACAAUCCGCACCUUGUGCUGGGGCUCCUCCGACGAGCUGCUCCUGGGCAAUUCACACCUUAGACUCUGGUUUCUGAACGACGUGCCGCGGAUUGUAUGGAAGCGGAAGCUUGCCAACCCGGUAAAAUUCGCGCAGUUUUCGCCCGAUUCGACCCUCGUGGUAACAACAGGACACUACGACCGCAUGGUCAAGGUCUGGCGAAGGCUCUCCUUUGGCGCGGACGAUGUGCGGUUCGAGGUCUCGUACCUUCCACACCCGGCCAUUGUGACUGGGAUGCACUGGCGCAAGCUGUAUCACCGUGAGCAGUCAAUGGAGAAUGUAUUCUAUACACUUUGCGCGGAUAACAAGAUCAGGGUAUGGGCAACAAUAGAUCAUCAUGGUCCCCCGGCCCUCCAGUUGUGGACGGAAAUCGACAUGGGUGUCUCUGUACAGCCAAGAGAGACUACGGAUGAGAGGGAGCAGACUCGUCGGUACGGCUUCAUUGUCGACAGCCGGGACUUCUGCAUUGCUACGGAACGGGCGGUACAGCGAAGCGCUGGGGACAAAGAGAACCAUGCGCUGGAACAUAUAAUUGAAGUCGCGAACAAAAAUCCGGAGAUUUGCGUUGUGCUGGAUGGGCAAGGUCACAUGUCUGCUUGGGCUUUGGAGGAUGUAGGCUCUAAAGUCAAAUCGAAUAUGAACGUCUUCAACAUCCUGCAUGUGGAAGGCUUGGAUUUCUCGUUCAUCCCCGGGCUUCCUGCUGAGGAAGAUUAUGCUCAGCUCUGUGCGUUUCAGAGCACACCAUCGGCAGACUCGCUGUCUAUCCUUGUUCAUCAUUUUGACGGCAGAAUUGAAUGGUUUGACUCGCAAGUUGAUGUUUUAUUCGACCCGAUGGCGCGCAAGAAUCGCAUAGCCCUCAAGGCGUCUUGGACCGGACACACGGACCCGAUCAAAAAGAUUGUCCGUAAUGCAGCUGGUGAUACGCUUGUGUCUCGUACCAACGAGAACAAAGCCACGAUCUGGAAGCAAAAAUGGCGACAUGGCCGAUCAAUACUAGUCCGCAAGAGUUGGCUCUAUUCGGACGAGCACAUCCAUCGCAGCUGCGUGAUCGAAAGCGGCGACUUCUUGGUCAAUCUUCAUCAUUACGGUAUCUCUGUCUGGGAUAUCCGAUCAUUCCAUGCUCAGCAGGUUGCCUUCUCCGUAUUUGAACUCUCAAGCAAACCACUGUGCGUCCUUCCGAUACCCACGGCAGAUAGGAACGGCAACGUUGUCUAUAUCGCAACAAUAGGCGCCGAUAUGAAUGGCAUAGCAUGGGAAAUUCGGUUGCCAACUGCAUCCCACCAGACAAAUGGUGAUACUGAAUCAACUCAGUGCUCCCUACGAAAGUUUUGUACUUUCAAUUUAGGACUUGACGAGGACAUGUCAUACAUAUUGCCUGUUGACCCUGCGGGCCCUCAGACAACCGUCUCCGGUUUUUUCGACCUCUUCUCUCCAGACAUUGCACUGUCAUAUACGAGUCACGGUGUCCUCCAUACUUGGACGGCCAAGGUUGAUCAGCAGAAUAGCCAAGUGGAAUUCUUGCUGACUUCGACUGUGAAUACGGGUAUUGAAAACCCAACUCUUGCCAGCGGCAGUUCUACUAGGAAAGCAGCCCUGGUGGAUCAAGACCGAACCCACCUGACGAUCUGGGAUACAAACGGUGCACAGCUGGAGUUCGAGGAGCAUUUCGCGCAGCACGACGUGAUUCGCGAUCUCGAUUGGACAUCCACACCAGAUAAACAGUCAGUACUGGCGGUCGGCUUCCCCCACAAAGUUAUUCUGUUAUCUCAGUUGCGCUAUGACUACCUCGACGCUGGUCCGUCCUGGACGCAGGUCAGGGAGAUUUGGAUCCGGGAUUUGACACCCCAUCCCAUUGGAGACUCUUGCUGGCUCAGCAAUGGCCACCUCGGGAUUGGUGCUGGAAAUCAGCUUUUCGUAUACGAUAACGAGAUUGCGACCAGCGAUCGUUUGGUCUCGCAACUUCGAAUUCCUUCUCGGGGUUUUUCUUCAGUUGAUUUAUUUGAGGUUGUCGGCCGCCUGAACGGUCCGCUACCCGUCUUUCAUCCACAGUUCCUUGCGCAGUGCAUUCUGAGCGGAAAGACUAAUCUGGUGCAUACGAUUUUGACAACUCUUUACCGCAAGCUGAAAUUCUACACCGAAGGCGAUGAUAUCGAUGGAUUUUUGGAAAUGCCUCUCGAGAAUUUCUAUGAGGAACACGAUAUCUCACAACAAGCGUCCUCGAAACAACUUCAAGCCUCGUUCGCUGACCUUGACCUGGAUGAAUCUUCCACUGUCAUCGAUGAAACCACGGCCACGGCACUGAAUGAGAAUCUGUCUCGGUUCGCACUACCGCAGCUCUCCAGCCAUGAACAAUUUCGCCUCGCCGAUACGGUCGAGUGCGUGGCGACAGUCGAGAAGCACCGAAGGUCAAUGGAUGAUAACGCCGCUCGCUAUCUUUUGUUCUUCCGGCAGCAUAUGCUAAGGAGGAGUCAGGGAGUUGCGAACAAAGAUACAGUGUCUUGGCGAGAGAUUGUUUGGGCUUACCAUAGUGAUAGCCAGGAUAUCCUUUCUGAUCUCGUGUCCAAACAGUUUGGUGGCAAAUUGCAAUGGACGUCUGCGAGAGAGAGCGGUAUUUUUAUGUGGCUCGCCGAUACCUAUGCUAUACGAGCACAAUUGGAAGUUGUCGCACGGAAUGAAUAUACCAAGACGGAGGAAAAGAACCCUCUCGACUGCUCCUUACUCUACAUAGCACUACGGAAAAAGAACAUCCUCCAGGGUCUCUGGCGAAUGGCGACCUGGCAUCGGGAACAAGCUGCUACCCAACGUUUACUGGCGAAUAACUUCCAAGAAGAGCGAUGGAAGACUGCAGCUCUGAAAAAUGCUUAUGCUUUACUUGGGAAACGGAGGUUUGAAUAUGCGGCAGCCUUCUUUCUUCUUGCCGACCAUUUACGCGAUGCCGCCAAUGUCUGCUUGAACCAGGUUGGUGAUCUGCAGCUUGCCAUCGCGAUCACGCGUGCCUACGAAGGCGACAGUGGACCAGUCCUAAGGGAGAUUUUGGAAGAAAGAGUUUUGCCAGAAGCAACGUCCGACGGAAACAGAUGGAUGGCAUCGUGGGCCUUUUGGAUGCUGGGCCGCCGCGACAUGGCUGUGCGCUCUCUGAUUUCGCCAAUCGAGACACUGAUCCCUUCUACACCUUUAUCACCUGGGAGCCCCGGCUCAAUCUCGCUUCAAGCGAGAUCAUAUCUAUCGAAUGACCCUGCGUUGGUCGUGUUGUACAAGCAACUUCGGGAGAAGACUUUGCAGACAUUGAAAGGGGCCUCCCAAGUAUCGGCGCGAGCCGAAUGGGAUUUUAUCACUCGUAAUGCUCGAUUGUAUGAUCGAAUGGGUUGCGAUCUUCUGGCUCUCGACCUGGUACGCCAUUGGGAGUUCCUGAGCGUACCUCUUCCCAAGACAAUCAAAGACGUCUCGGCCAGAUUGCAGGAGAACGGUGUCGACUACCGGAAGAUGCUGCGACGAAGAAGCAGUCUUGUGGUAGCGGAUUUGCCGACCAAGACUGAGCUUGCACAGCAGGAGACAGAGCCAUCCACCGAGCCAAAGAAACCUCAACCCCCGCCUACGAUGUUCCACGAGCCGGAUGCCAACUCUCUGCUUGACAGCUUUGGGUUUUGA